GGUCGGUUAAAAUGCGUCUGUUUCCGCGUACAAUCGAACAGCCCAAAUAUUGUAUAUUAUCCGCAGCAGUUGUCAAAAUUAUUUUCGAUAAAGAACAUUCGCGAAGCCAUUAAGAAGAGUCGUGUCGCAAUAAUGAGUGAACUAACAGUAAAUGGAGAAGAUUCCAAAAAUGGAGCCAGCACAGAUGUGCCUUCUGUGACCAGUUUUGAGCCUGUCAGUCUGAAGUUUCCCAAGCACAAGGGCCUGGAUGGUGAGGAUCCAUUCAAGAAUAUCACUGAAACCUACUACAGACGUGCUCAGGGACGCAAGGAGAUUUCAGCCCCGUACAAACAGGCUUCAUAUCCCAUAGAGCAAAUUGAGGACCAGCAGUACUUUGAGAGGCAGCUAAGUUCAAGACCUGCCCCUUUCAUAACUGACACGAUAAGCUCCACCUAUGAUGAUACGUCAGACUCAGAACAUGGGCACAGUAGAUACCAUCACUCGACCCAUUCAUCAUUAUCAUCCAAUGUAGGACGAGGUGGCACUGGGUCAGAACGGGAAAAUGGUUUCCCAUCAUCUUUGCACCGGUUCCCUAGCCAGAGUGAGGAUGCAUUUGAUGAAAUCGAGGAGGUCAAAGAAGAGUAUAACAAAGCCCCGCUGUUUCAGAGGAUUCACAUUAGCGGGGAGGAAACAUCUGGGGUUCCUCAGAAGGACCUAGAGCUGGCCUCUGUGAGCCUUGUGCAGGCGUUGAUGAUCCGUGAGAAGUAUAUGGCAAUGGCCCAGCAGUCGUUCCCGACCAUCACCACCCGCUUCCUGCAGUGCCUUGAGGACAAGGAGGAGUUCCAGGCACUCAGUGAGGGCAUCUGCACUGAUAAGAAGAUUUUAGAAGAUCACCCUAUUCAUGCUCCACCCAUGACGGGCGACCCAUUUAAGGUGGACUUUCUAGAGAGUGUGGGAUGCAAACUGAAAAUGAAGAAGGGAGUUGUGCAGGUGUACAAGGAUGAAGAAAAACUAGCAAAAGAUCAGCCGUUUGAAUGGCCAUACUGCGAUGUGGAAAAUUUCCUGAAGGACCAGAACCUCAUGUAUUGCUUCAUCAUGGAUGGACCAUUGAAAUCGUUUUGUUUCCGGCGUCUCAGCUACCUUUCCGGCAAGUUUCAACUUCAUGUGUUACUCAAUGAACUGACGGAGUCAGUUGCUCAGAGGGCUGUACCCCAUAGAGACUUCUACAACAUCAGGAAGGUUGAUACACACGUGCAUGCGUCCUCGUGUAUGAACCAGAAGCAUCUGCUGAGGUUUAUCAAGAAGAAGAUGCGAACCUCCCCUGAUGAGGCAGUUUGUGUGGACAAGUCAGGAAAGAUCAUGACCCUGAAAGAGGUUGUAUUUGAAUUCCAGGUGUUUACAAGCAUGCAUCUGGAACCAUACGACCUCAGUGUGGACAUUCUUGACGUUCAUGCGGAUAGGAACACUUUCCACCGGUUUGACAAGUUCAAUGCAAAGUACAAUCCUAUAGGAGAGAGCAGACUUCGAGAAAUCUUCAUUAAGUCGGAUAACUUCAUCGGGGGCAAAUAUUAUGCAGAGGUGCUAAAGGAAGUAGCUCAGGAUCUGGAAGAGAGCAAGUACCAGAAUGCAGAGCUGCGACUGUCAGUGUACGGAAAGUCAAUGGAUGAGUGGGACAAGCUGGCCAAGUGGGCCAUUGACUGGAAGGUGUACUCAGACAAUGUGCGCUGGCUCAUACAGAUACCCAGGCUAUAUGAUGUGUACAAGGCCAACAAUCUUGUGCAGAGUUUCCAGGACAUCCUAGAGAACCUGUUCCUGCCCCUGUUUGAGGUCACCAACGAUCCACAGUCACACCCCGAGCUGCACGCAUUCCUGCAACAUGUUACGGGACUAGAUUCUGUAGAUGACGAGUCAAAGACAGAGAAUAUUCGGUUUGACAUCAGUUCGCCCUCCCCUGAUGAGUGGACCCAACCUGACAAUCCCCCAUACAGCUACUAUAUCUACUACAUGUACGCCAACCUGGUCGUGCUUAACCACUUCAGGAGAGAGCGGGGGUUACACACAUUGGUUCUGCGACCCCACUGUGGGGAGGCGGGGAAUGUGACCCACCUUGUGGCAGCAUUCAUGUGCGCUGAGAACAUCUCCCAUGGGCUUAUGCUUAGAAAGGUGCCAGUGCUGCAGUACCUGUACUACCUGUCCCAGAUUGGUAUCGCCAUGUCACCGCUUAGUAACAACUCUCUGUUUCUCAACUAUCACCGCAACCCUCUGCCAGAAUACUUUGCUCGUGGACUUAACGUCUCACUAUCUACUGAUGACCCACUUCAGUUUCAUUUUACAAAGGAACCAUUGAUGGAGGAAUAUAGCAUUGCUGCCCAGGUCUGGAAGUUGUCCACAUGUGAUAUGUGUGAGAUAGCACGUAACAGUGUCUGUCAGAGUGGUUUCCCACACCUGGUGAAACAACACUGGCUGGGUUUAAACUACACAAAGGAGGGUGUUGUGGGAAAUGACGUGAGCCGCACCAACAUACCGGACAUUCGGGCCUCGUAUCGAUAUGAAACCCUCGUUGACGAGCUCAAGUGUAUCUGCCGAGGGGCUCUCUCCUCCAAUAUGACUUCCUCGAAGAGUUCCAUAAAAAUGUAGAGUGGUUGUGGAUGACUGUUCAGUGUUGAAGGAGCGUUGAGACAUAGGUCUGUGAGAUAUAGAUCUGUUAGACUGUAGAUAUGUAGGUUUAAAAUGCUUAACAUAUAGAUCUUUGGGAUACAGAUCUACAUUUAGAAUCCUUGAUAUAUAAAUUUAUGUGAUUUAUGUCUGUGAUCUGUCUAUUAGAUUAGCAUUAUGGGUUUGUUACAUACAGCAAAUCAAAUGAACAAUCUUACAGGUAUACUGUAAAUACACAAAUAUAAUACGCACUUUUUUACCUGCCGAAUUUUAAUUAGUAGGGGGUGCGUAUUAUAUACGAAUAGGAGCAGAACAACAUUUUUCCUGUGAAAAUUUUCAACUUUAUCGUUGUUUUUUGCUGUGUGUCAGCCAGUUUGAAUAACACCAUUACAUACAGGGGGACAACUGUGCUUACAGUAAUUGUAAUGGCUACACCGUAUAUUACCAUACAUGCUAAAUAAACCAACCAUCGGUAUUAUAGAUAUUUAAUAAUAAUAAUUAUUAUUAUAAUUAUUAUCGUUCUGAAUAUUGUCAAAUGGAAUUAAAUGUUAUAAAAAAAACAGCGUCUCUGUUUCUUUUUUUUGCAAUAAUGACUGCUUGACCCGGGUGUCAGAAGGUGGCGCGUGUGUUAUCGGUAAAGGCGUUGAGAAGGGCCAUGUGAAGUAUCAAAUCAACCAUAUGUUUGCAUAAAUAAAACAAUCAACGGUAAUAUAAACAAUUGACAGAGAUAUUUAUUUUGUAACUGUCAUGACAACGGCACGAUAACACAUCGCAAUCAAUAUUCCAUGGUAUUACUGUGAAACAGAUGGUUGAUAACGCCAAAUUGAUUGACUAUUUUCACAACACAAAAAAUAUAUUGACACAUUUUUUCGGAAAUGACAGCGUCAUGGCGGAUUUCGGACACUAAUUUUUUUAGUGCGUAUUUUACUCAGAUUUUCAAUUUUUACUGAUUUGGACCAAACUCUUGAGAUGCGUAUUUUACACGAGGGCGUAUUUUAUUCGUGUAUUUACGGUAGUUAGGUGCUAGAUUAUUUGUAUGUUUUUUUAUGCAGAGUGUUUAGAACAAUUAAACCUGAUAGUGUAGAUUUAUUACAAAGGGUGUUAAGAAUUAUUUAACCUGAAAGAAUAGAUUUGAUAUAUAGAGUUUUCAACAGCUAUUAAGAAAGUUUUGUUGUACAGAAUGUAAAGAACAAUUAAACCUGAUGGCAUAGUGUGUGUUUUUUUUUAAGAUAGAAUGUAGAACCCUGUUAGUAUAUUUCUGUGUUCAGUUAUUAUUAUAAGUGGUCAUCUUUUGUUGUAUAGAGAGUUUAACAAAUCAUCCAAAAUGACGUCUUUUGGCAAUAUAGGUUUGUGUUCUUUUUAGAUUUGUGUCUUGUUCUGAGAAAACUGAGCUUAAUUCAUGUGCGUAAAAUGUCGUCCCAGAUUAGCCUGUGCAGUCCGCACAGGCUAAUCAGGGACGACACUUUACGCUUUUAUGGUAUUUUUAGUUUGAAGGAAGUCCCUUCUUACCGAAAAUCAAGUUUAAGAGGAAAGUGUCGUCCCUGAUUAGCCUGUGCGGACUGCACAGGCUAAUCUUUGACGACACUUUACGCACAUGAAUUAAGCCCAGUUUAAUCAGAACAAGACACAUUUAAGCAUAGAGUGAAAACUGAGAUUUUCACUGAGCCUUGUUAUGGGGAAAUGGGGCUUAAUGAUUUUUGAAAAGUAUUAUCCCAGACUGCACAGGUUAAUCAGGGAAACACUUUCCGCUUUUAUGGUAUUUUUUGUUUAAAGGAAGUUUCUUCUUAGUGAAUAUAUAAUUUAUUGUCCCUGAUAAGCCUGUUUUGACUGCACAGGCUAAUCUACAAAAUAGACUUUACGCACAUGCAAAGAUCAAAAUUACAUGUUUCAAAUUUAUUAUUAACCUUACUAGACAAUGUUAUACUAUGACAUGUGUGUUAGGUGAAAUUGCUUUAACCCUUUUCCACUCAGAAGCAAAGUAAAAAUGGCUUUGUGCAAACAGCAUAAAACCAGAACAGCCUGCAAGUAGUCUGUUCAGGUUUUAUGCUGUUUGCUGCUCAUCAGUAUCUAAGGGUUGGAAAUGAAGCCUUUCAAACUUGAAUCUAGUAAGAAAGGUAUUGAAUUAAAUGUAACUUUCUAUGGGACUACAUAUGUGUCAAAAUACAUAUCUAAGUGGUAACAGUUUCCUGAGCUAUUCAAAGAAUUUCAAAUACAUCGUUCAACUAGAGAAUAAAAUAAACAAUCUUAAUAAUUUCUCAAAAAAUAAAACAGUGUUGAAUCAAACACAUUGAUUCUAUCAACAUUAACACAUAGAAUCACAAAUAUUGGUAGAGCAACUUUGACACUGUGUUCUUAUUUUUAUGAUAAAUAUUUACACUGGGUUUAUUUAGUCUUCCAUCCAGCAGAUCUCAAUAUUUAAAUGUGCUUAAACAGAAGUAGUUUUGGUGCUAAAUGAUGAUUAAGAUGUAAUCCCAAAGUUUGGGUCUGAUGUCAAAAAUUUUUGAGAAGUUAUUAAAAAGAUUAUUUUUCUGAUGUGACAAUCUCAGUUGUGUAGAUAAAAAGACAUUUUCAGAAUUAACACUAGUAAGUUGAACUUCAAGUACCCAUAAAAUGAAUCAUCAAUUUCUUUUCAGAGCUAAUGCAUGUGCUUAAUCUUAGCAAGCAUUUGUUUUGUAAUGUUUCAACUUAUUCAAUCACGUUGUGACUUUUGUUUUUGUUCACCAUAACUUCUAUAUUCCUGGAGGGAUAAAUUACACAUACAUUUAACACUCAUGACCAGGCAAUGAUAAAUGAUCAAGAUGAAAAGUCAAAUAUUUGUCUAUCAGGGCCAAGAAUUGUGCUGACAUGGAAAAAUUUCAUACCACUGUACAUAAAUUUAACUCGCCUAUACUCGGUAUGUACUUUAGCCAUACCAGACUGGGCAUGUAGCUCACAGUCAUGCAACCUAAGAUAUUAGUCAUAAAAAAGGGAUAAAGCUGCUUUCUCUUUGUCUAGCAAUAUGUGGGAGGUAUUUAUCAGCUCAAGUGAGAGUUCAAAUUUAUCAAUUUAUCUCAAUUGUGAUCGUUUUGCCACACAAAAUAAAUGUUUUAAUGGUUGCUUUCAUCCCAGAGGAGCACAUUUCUGUUUAACAAACAGCAUAAUUUUAUGUGUGAAAUUUUGCUAGUGGCGGACACACAUUUGUUGUUAGGUUUAUGUAUAGAAACCUUGCCUUUGAUAUAAAUAAGCAUUAACAUGUGAACAUAGCUCAGGGUCUGUGGCCUGUUUCUAUGUAAGGGGUGUUUUUCAAUCUUUAAAUAAAGUGAAUUUCUCAAGAUCAUAAUCUUUUUAUGAAAUAUGAGUCAGUUGAAAAGGUAUUUGAAUUACAAAUAUAAUUUUUUUUAAAGGCAUGAUAAUUUUAGUGAUCAUGUAUGAUUAUUUAAACAAAAAAAAUCUAAAAUCAAUUUUACAACUAUUUUUGGUUGAAUGAGCAGAAAAUGUUUAUGGUGUCUUUUGUAUUUAUUGAUACAUGGGCUAAAUUUGAAAAUUGUGCAGGUCUGUUGAAAAACAUGGCUGCCAGGGGACUUGGCAGUUUUUCUAUUUGGGCUACAUAGAAGCCUUGUGAACGAGCGAGAAGUCACCUUAUUUGCCCCUUUGUAAUGAAACUAGCUCAGAACAUAAGCUUUUUAGAACAGUUACCGUUAGUUCUUUUGUUUCUCAUGUGAGCCCCUUAGGGCUGUAAGCCCUCUUUAAUGAACAAUUUUAUUCACAGUGCAAUACAUUUGAUUUGUUGUAGACUUAAUAUUUCUUAAUUCAGUUGCAUUCUUGUAGUUUUAAAUAUUCAUGCUUGCUAUUUCAAUUGUUUAAGAUAAAAAUGCUUAAAAAGGUCAUGAUACUGUUAACAGUUUAUUUAUCAAAUGUUUAACUUUUUUCAGCAGCAUUAAAUGGGCAUCUUAUUAUCAUAUUAUUGCACUGGGUAAGUUCCAUUGCAUUUAUUGUUGGACCAAAAAGUAAAAUACAAACACUGUUAUGGAUAUAAAAUUAUAUUGUAUAUUGCGUUAUCUUGUUGUCCUUUUAAUUUUGUGUUCAACUUUUUUGUUAUGAUUAUGUUAAUGUUGUGAAUUGUUUAUCUAGUGAAUGCUUUUUGUAGGAUAUGUAUAGGUUUGUUGCAAGAUGAGAUAGAUUUACCAGUAUCUUCACUUUUUGGCAAUAGCUUUGCAAGUCUGUGAUGAUUCCAUGUUUUGGUUAAUCCAUAUUCAGUAUUGGGAUUUGAUGAUAAGCAAUUAAUCUUCUUUACCCCCCUUCAUAGAAGAGGGGAUAUAUUGUUUUGCUCUAUGUCGGUCGGUCUGUUGUUUUAGACCAGAUCAAUAACUUGUCAAUGAUAUGACCGAUUGGCUUGAUGCUUCACAUGUGCAUUUUUGGCCUUGGACAGUAGAUGACCCCAAUUAAAUUUGGGGUCACUAGGUCAAGGUCACUAUCACAAUAAGUGUGAACAUUGUUUCCGAUUAAAAACUCGUAAACCAAUCUACCAAUUGGCUUGAUACUUCCCAUGUUCAAUAGCCUUGGACAGUAGAUGACCUUUAUUGAAAUUUGGGUCACUGUGUCAAAGGUCACUGUCACAAUAUGUGUGAAAAUAGUUUCCGAUCAAUAACUCCUCAACGAAUUGAUAGAUUGUCUUGAUACUUCGCAUGUGCAUUGGCCUUGGACAGUAGAUUAUGCCAAAAGAAAUUGGGGUCACUAUGUCUAAGGUCACUGUCACAAUAAGUGAACAAUCGUUUCCAAUCAAUAACUUGUCAAUGAAUUGACCGAUUCGCUUGAUACUUCCCAUGUGCUUUUGUCUUGGACAGUAGAUAACACCUAUUGAAAUUGGAGUCACUAGGUCAAGAUUACUGUCACAACAAGUGUGAAAUUCGUUUCCGAUCAAUAACUCAUCAACUUAUUGACAAAUUGGCUUGAUACUUCACAUGUGCAUUGGCCUUGGACAGUAGAUGACCCCUAUUGAAAUUGAGGUCGCUUGUUCAAAGCCCUGUUUGAGGGGGGAGGGGGGCAUAUGCGUCCAACUGCGGAGCUCUUGUUUCAUAAUUUGAUCACUAAAAAUCUCAUCAACAAUUGUUUUCAUUAAUACAAUCCUUUAAAAUUCUUAAGAUUAUUUAAAAUCCAAAGACAAAAAAAACGUGCAAUUGUUCAUAUGUACAUGUUGUCAUGUUUAUCAGUAAAAGACAUAUCUACAUGGAAAUUGCUUUUAAUUAUUGAAGUGUUCAUACUUAUAUUUUGUCUUUGCACCAAAAAAGCAAGAUUGACAAAAUAAUGUUUUAUUUGUAAACUUUUGCAAACAUUUUAAUGCAUAUAUGUAAAUGUUGUAUUGACAUUAUAUAAUGUCCAAACAAUACUAUAAUGUUAAAUUAACUGUACAUUGAAACAUAAAAUGCAACAAAACAAAAAGAAUGACCAUUGCAUGCUUGAGUUGACAAGAAAUGGAGUAACAUUUAUGAGUUCAACUUAACAGGGCACCAUUGAUUGUCAUUAUGAAUUAAUGGAAAUUAAUAAUUUUAUUUAAAGGUAUGGAAAUAAGUCAUUUCAAUUAAAGGUAUUUUUCAGUUUUGCAAAUUAAAGAUUUUGAAAAAAACAACAGCAUAGAUUCACAAAGAAAUGUAUAUAUCAUAUUGAGUCAAUAUCAUUAAUUAUGCCCCCCUUCGAAGAAGAGGGGGUAUAUUGUUUUGCACAUGUCAGUCGGUCGGUCAGUCAGUCCGUCCACCAGAUGGUUUCCGGAUGAUAACUCAAGAACGCUUAGGCCUAGGAUCAUGAAACUUCAUAGGUACAUUGAUCAUGACUGGCAGAUGACCCCUAUUGAUGUUCAGGUCACUAGGUCAAAGGUCAAGGUCACAGUGACUUGAAAUAGUAAAAUGGUUUCCGGAUGAUAACUCAAGAAUGCAUACGCCAAGGAUCAUGAAACUUAAUAGGUACAUUGAUCAUAACUGGCAGAUGACCCCUAUUGAUUUUCAGGUCACUAGGUCAAAGGUCAAGGUCACAGUGGCUCAAAACAGUAAAAUGGUUUCCGGAUGAUAACUUAAGAAUGCUUACGCCUAGGAUCAUGAAACUUCAUAGGUUCAUUGAUCAUGACUGGCAGAUGACCCCUAUUGAUUUUUAGGUCAGUAGGUCAAAGGUCAAGGUCACAGUGACUCAAAACAGUAAAAUGGUUUCCUGAUGAUAACUCAAGAAUGCUUACGCCUAGGAUCAUGAAACUUCAUAGGUACAUUGAUCAUGACUGGCAGAUGACCCCUAUUGAUUUUCAGGUCACUAGGUUAAACGUCAAGGUCACAGUGACUCGAAAUAGUAAAAUGGUUUCCAGAUGAUAACUCAAGAAUGCUUAUGCCUAGGAUCAUGAAACUUCAUAGGUACAUUGAUCAUGACUGGCAGAUGACCCCUAUUAAUUUUCAGGUCACUAGGUCAAAGGUCAAGGUCACAGUAACUUGAAACAGUAAAAUGGUUUCCUGAUGAUAAUUCAAGAAUAAUAAGGCCUAGGAUCAUAAAACUUCACAGGUACAUUGAUCAUGACUGGCAGAUGACCCCUAUUGAUUUUCAAGUCACUAGGUCAAAGGUCAAGGUCACAGUGACAAAAAACGUAUUCACACAAUGGCUGCCACUACAACUGACAGCCCAUAUAGGGGGCAUGCAUGUUUUACAAACAGACCUUGUUUAAUAAUAUGUUUGUAAGGCUUUCAUCAAUAAUUUAUCCAUUUUUUUUAUUAUAAUUGUUUUUGUUUUUUUAAUGAUUUUCUAUAUCUAUUUCAAAAAUUAAAUGUUGUUAAUAAAUUAAUUGUUUAACAGUCUUUAAAAAAUAUUUGUGAAAAAGUCUCUUAUAAUUUAGAAAUACUUCAAGAGUCCAAAUAUCCACAUGUGAACUUAUGCCAAAAUAAAAAAAAAACAUUGUUGAACAUUAUUUAUUAAAUACUUUCAUAUAAAAUAGCCUUAAAAUUAUACAUUCACAUAAUUUUAUAAUUUUGAUAAAUGUUAUCCAUUUUCCAUGAAGUGCUAUGGAAACAGACACAGGCUUAGCACAAAUAGUGGUGCUGGCACUAAAGACAGUUUGAAUUGUUUGAAGCAAAUGUGAAUGGGGUAGUGCAUAAACUUGCCAUGUUGCAGUUUGUUGGAAGGUGUAGAAAAUUGUGUUACCAAUUUAUAUUCAAUGUAUUGACAUUAUUCAGUAGUUAUGCAAUUUUGUUGUUGAAUAUACUUUGUGUGGUGCUGAUAAUUACAAAAGUACAACUUGCUUUUGUUGAAGUUUUUAUGAGGAAGUCUCAAAUAAGGUCAUGCUAAAUUUUGAUUUAAUUAUUUGUUGUAUUCAGCAAAAAUACACAUUUGGUCAAGUAGAAAAGGGUGUAUUAAAAUUGCUUUGAAAAAUAAGCGAUUUCUAUGUCAAUGUAUCUUCCAUUUAACCUGCAAAGUGUUUAAACAUUUAAUCAGUUAAUAAGUAAAUAUUUAAAUCAAAGCAUUAAAUAAAGCAGACAAGUAAACAAUAUUUAUAAUUUGCACCUGCAAAUGCAUUAUAUUUAGGCACGGUUGAUUAAACAAAUGUUGAAAAUAUAGUUUGUUUUGUUCGAUAAAUAUGUUUGUUUUCUACUUCAACACCUUGAAAGUUUAAUGUAACAAAUUUAUGUUAUCUUUUAUGUGUCAUUUUGCUUGCUAGAUUAGAGUCAUACAAAGUAAUUCUGAUUUAUUGUAUUUGCGUUAUUGUGUUGUAUAUAAAACCAAAUGCAAAAACCUAAAGCUAAAAUACUUUUUUUUCUUUCAACCACUGUCUUAUUAUAACUGUAUGACAUCAGAAGAAUUACAUUUAUCAUUUGCUGUCAGAAUUAACAAAUAAAUCACCUAUUGUUUACUUAAAUGCUUUUUACACUGUUAUCAUUUGUUAGAUAUGCCGAUGCUAGUGUGCAUGUUAAAUACAGUAGAAAAAGAGAAUUAGCAUAAGGUGCAAAUGAGGUUGCCUAAUACAAGCCACGUUGUGUGAGAAUGGGUCUAAUGCCAGAUGCGGCCAGAGUAGCUUUAGCAGUCUGACCAGGUGCUACCCUUUGCUAAACCCUUUGCAUGCUGGGAAAUUUGUCGUCUGCUAAAAUGUCGUCUGCUGAAUUUCUAAAAUUAGCAUUUUUGUCGAUUUUUUUCAAAGAUUACUAUAAGAAUAGCAAACAGUUUGGGUCCUGAUGAGACACCACGUUCUGUGGUGUCUCAUCUGGAUCCAAACUGUUUGCAAAGGCCUUCAAAAUUCGGUUCCAGCACUGAAAGAGUUAAGAGCCUAAAGCAUAGCUCCUUACCAAACUGCAUGAUUGCACAGGCUAGUCUGGGGCUUUCUGGCCAUAUAUGGAAUAAAACCCAUUAUUGUAUGACACAGAUCAUAUAGGAAAAGUUAGUGAAUACCAGUAGUUAAUUGUAUUGAAAUAUUUGCAUUGCCUUUUCUGACAUCUGUUUUACAGGUGUUUGUGAAACAUAAUUACAAAUAUAUAAAUUGUUUUCUACCAAGGUGAUGAUAAUCUUCAACAUCAAACAAAGUAUUCAAUUGCAUCAAUUGUUAGUUUUUCAUUAGUUUUGAAUUCCUGUUGCUUUUGUUAAGCACAAGCAUACAUAUGUUUACAUGUUUCUUGUUAUUAAUAAACAAUCAGAGACCAUU